CUGGCCACCCCACAGAAAAAAAAAAUUCUGGCUAUCACCAUUUUUGCUGAGGACAGGGUGUGAGGAAAUCUGCAGUGUCACUCUGAUGUUUUUCUAAAAUAUCUGAAACAAAAUUAGGUAAAGUACAACGGGACAAAAUAUUGCACACAAGCUGCGGGUGAUUGGUUUUUGUGAUCAGCAAUGAAAGAUCACAUCCUUUCCCACACAAAUCAUCCGAUUAAGAUUGGUGGCCAAUCAAUCAGAUCACCACUAAUUAGAAUCAUGAAAAAGUUUGAAUGCUUCUACCGUCAAAGUGCUGUGUGGUGUACUGUACUUCAGGAAUUUUUCGGGGUUACAAAUUACAGGCUUUUCGAUGACUGCCUUGUCAGGGAGAUAGAGAGAUGUUUAAGGUCCCUGCAUCUGCCUUUCUCUCUCGCUGGUUCGCUCUCUCUCCCUCACUGUGCCCCUCUCUCUUUUAUUCCCCCCACCCUUCACUCAUUCCAUCAGGUUCCCUCACACAUACAGCCUGUGUGAGAGGAUGAGACAGAAAGAGGACAAGCAUGACAGAGAACAGCAUCAGCACCACUGAGAAGGAUCUCCCACACUGAGAGGGGGCAAAAAGUGAGGAAGUGAAGAGAGCGAGAGAAAUAAGUUUUUUUUUUAAAGGAGAGGGAGGAAUAACAAAGGACAGCUGGGGGAAUUGUUUUUCAUCCUAUCUUUUUUUUUCCCAUUUUUGGCCAUCAUUGCUGUAUUUCUUCCCUUUCCCCGUUCCCUCCUUGUACCCCUUUUUCACUCUUCUUCUUCUCCUGGUCCUUCUCCCAGCUCCCGCCGUGGGGUCUCAGAUCUCCGUCACCCUCCCCCCUUCCCUUGCUCCCUACCUCCCCCGGGCCUUGCUUGGAAACUCCAGGCUGCUGCGCCGCAGGAGGAUGUCUCGCAGGGAGUCUCCCCCGCCACCCUCGCCAGAGCAACUGCUUGGAGUGAGGAGGCGGGAGGUGGAGUGCGACGACCGCCCGGAGCGCACCGAGCCGCUGUCCGAUGCCGAGAGGGAGAUCAUCCAGGACACUUGGGGGCACGUGUACAAGAAUUGUGACGAUGUGGGGGUGUCGGUGCUCAUAAGGUUCUUUGUGAACUUCCCAUCUGCCAAACAGUAUUUCAGCCAGUUCCAGGACAUGGAGGACCCUGAGGAGAUGGAGCGAAGUUGCCAGCUUCGACACCAUGCGCGCAGGGUGAUGAAUGCCAUCAAUACUGUGGUGGAGAACCUCAAUGACCCGGAGAAGGUGUCGUCAGUGCUGGCCCUGGUGGGGAAGGCUCACGCGAUCAAACACAAGGUGGAACCAAUGUAUUUUAAGAUACUGAGUGGGGUGAUGCUGGAGGUGCUGUCUGAAGACUUCCCGGAAUUCUUCACAGCAGAAGUGCAGAUGGUGUGGACCAAACUCAUGGGUGCUGUGUACUGGCAUGUGACGGGGGCCUACACAGAUGUGGGCUGGCUGCAGGUCUCAAGCUCGGCCGUGUGAAGGGUCAGUGUAAAGAAAAUGUGGACUUGGGAAAAAAAAAUGAAAAAGGAGAUUGACCUGUUUUUCCUCAUUGCUGAAGCUCAAAUCUUGCCAGCUUGGUUUCAUCGGCAUGGAUCUUGAUAAUAGUGCUGUUGUUGAUGAUGAUGAUGAUGAUGAUGAUGAUAAUGAUGAGUGAAAUGUUCAUCCACACAACUGCUCUGCUUAUUUUCGUGACAUUUUGGUGCUGGGGCUUUAUUUUUGAGUGUUUUGUUCACUACUUUUCCCGGAUAACCCCGAACAAUGUAGGCUGGCGACAUCUGCAAACACUAAUGACAUUUUAGCUCAAGUAAUAAUGGUUAUGUACGUGCUUUAAAUACACCAUGGGUAAUGGUAAUUACCUAGUCAACUGUCUACUAUUGCCAAUUCCACAAGGGAAGUAAAAGCAUGACUUCAAGUGAGUGAAGUCCGGCGGGGGUGGUGCCUUCCCAAUUUCCUGCCCACGUACUUUCCCCUUCCCUGCACAUCUCGCGCAUGUCAAGCACUUUUCUCCGAGACAUUUAUUUUCUUUAGAUGAUUUAAAAAUAAAUACCGGUAAAUCGAUUAAUGAUUUCUCCCGUGAGUUUUCCCUGUCAAAAAGCAUGAGACAUAGAUUAAAUGGUGCUCAUUUUGCUCCCUAUAUUAAUUCAUCUGUCUAGUGAGCUCAUAGAUUUUUUUGUUGCUUCUUGUUCAUUUAAGAGCACGGAAAACAUACAACACAACUAACAUUGGCCACUUGUACUGUUGGAAAGCCUGUUUUCCCUUU